AGAGGCGACCCGGGAGUCGUUGUGGGCCGCGGGCCGGACCGGGUCCGGGGCCGCAGGAGCCAGGGCCGGGCAGAGGGGCUUGGCGGGCCGUUAGGGCGCCGCCACGGCUGUCGGGUCCCUUCCCCUGCCGGACUUGCGCGCCCCGGCGCCCGGAGCCUCCGGCGCUCUGCCCACCCCGCUUCAGCUCGCGUCUCCCGACUCCAAUUAGGUCAGGCUCGGAGUCCCGCGGCCGUGGCUCCGGCCCCCAACGCGCGGCGGCCACCCGGCUCGCCUUUCUUUCUUCCCUCGCCUUCCUCUCCUCUUGCCUCACCCUCCCCCCACCCUUCUUUUCACGUAGCUGGGGUUUUGGGUUUUGUUGUUUUAUGCUUUAGGGGUUUUGUGCCUCGGCCCGAGCUCAUGGGUGUACAUUAUCAUGCUCCUCUUUUGUAGAGCAGCCCGACGGCCAUGGAGGCCGAAGAGACGAUGGAAUGCCUUCAGGAGUUCCCGGAACAUCAUAAAAUGAUCCUGGACCGAUUGAAUGAACAGCGAGAGCAAGAUCGGUUUACUGACAUCACCCUGAUUGUCGAUGGACACCAUUUUAAGGCCCACAAAGCUGUUUUGGCUGCUUGCAGUAAGUUCUUCUACAAAUUCUUUCAGGAGUUUACUCAGGAACCUUUGGUGGAGAUUGAAGGUGUUAGUAAAAUGGCCUUCCGUCAUUUAAUUGAGUUCACAUACACAGCAAAAUUAAUGAUACAAGGAGAAGAAGAAGCCAAUGAUGUAUGGAAAGCAGCAGAGUUUCUACAAAUGCUAGAAGCUAUCAAAGCCCUUGAAGUCAGGAACAAAGAAAACUCAGCUCCACUAGAGGAAAAUACCACAGGAAAAAGCGAGGCAAAAAAAAGAAAGAUUGCAGAAACUUCAAAUGUUAUCACUGAGUCAUUGCCAUCUGCAGAGUCAGAACCUGUUGAGAUUGAGGUGGAGAUUGCCGAAGGCACCAUCGAAGUGGAAGAUGAAGGCAUCGAAACGUUGGAGGAAGUGGCUUCUGCCAAACAGUCCAUAAAGUACAUUCAGAGCACAGGUUCUUCUGAUGAUUCCGCCCUGGCACUGUUGGCAGAUAUUACCAGCAAGUACCGUCAAGGUGAUAGGAAAGGGCAGAUUAAGGAAGAAGAUGGUUGUGCAUCUGACCCCACAAGCAAACAGGUAGAAGGUAUUGAAAUUGUGGAACUUCAGCUGUCACAUGUGAAGGACUUGUUCCAUUGUGAGAAAUGUAACCGUUCAUUUAAAUUGUUUUACCAUUUUAAGGAACAUAUGAAAUCACACUCCACUGAGAGUUUCAAGUGUGAAAUAUGCAAUAAAAGGUAUCUUCGGGAGAGCGCAUGGAAACAGCACCUCAACUGUUACCACCUCGAAGAAGGUGGAGUCAGUAAGAAGCAAAGAACUGGGAAAAAAAUUCACAUAUGUCAAUACUGUGAAAAACAGUUUGACCACUUUGGACAUUUUAAAGAGCAUCUUCGAAAACAUACAGGUGAAAAACCUUUUGAAUGUCCAAAUUGUCAUGAAAGAUUUGCUAGAAAUAGCACCCUCAAAUGUCACCUGACUGCGUGCCAAACUGGAGUGGGGGCAAAAAAGGGAAGAAAGAAGCUUUAUGAAUGUCAGGUCUGUAACAGUGUGUUUAACAGCUGGGACCAGUUCAAAGAUCAUUUGGUAAUACACACUGGUGAUAAACCCAACCAUUGUACUUUAUGUGACUUGUGGUUUAUGCAAGGAAAUGAAUUAAGGAGGCAUCUCAGUGAUACUCACAAUAUUUCAGAGCGUCUAGUAACCGAAGAAGUUCUUUCAGUAGAAACACGUGUGCAAACUGAACCUGUGACAUCAAUGACUAUUAUAGAACAAGUUGGGAAAGUGCAUGUGUUACCAUUGCUUCAGGUUCAAGUGGAUUCAGCACAAGUGACUGUGGAACAGGUCCAUCCAGAUCUGCUCCAGGACAGCCAAGUGCAUGAUUCACAUAUGAGCGAGCUUCCAGAGCAGGUUCAGGUGAGUUAUCUAGAAGUGGGUCGGAUUCAGACUGAAGAAGGUACUGAAGUACAUGUGGAGGAGCUGCACGUUGAACGGGUAAAUCAGAUGCCAGUGGAAGUACAAACUGAACUUCUGGAAGCUGACUUGGAACAAGUGACCCCUGAAAUCAUGAACCAGGAGGAGAGCGAGACCACCCAAGCAGAUGCUGCUGAAGCUGCCAGAGAAGAUCAUGAAGAUGCUGAGGGUUUAGAGACCAAAACAACAGUGGAUUCCCAAGCUGAAAGGGCAGGGAGUGAAAACAGAACACCUAUGCCUGUUUUAGAGUGAAAUAACAAAUGAAUAUAUUUUUAAAUUAAUGUGUUGGGUUUUUGAACUGAUCAUGGGCAGUGUGACUGUCCUUAAGCUAACAGACAAGUGGACCAAAGUUAAAGUCUUUCCUGUUGUGAACUGUUUCUAUUGAAACAAACUGAUUCCAAUGCCCACCCCCCCCCCCCCCCCCACACACACUUAAUGCCACACAGGAGGGAUCUUUCCCGUAAGUAAUGGGAAGCUUUGAGAAGUAUUAUUUCUGGAAACUUAAAUGGAUUAUAUUCUUAUUAUAUAGUUGGGUACGAAUGUAUCUAUUUUCAUUGUGAUAAGGGUUCUCCCUUCUCUCUUUCCCAGGUCACGUCCUUUCUCAGAUUUUUUCCAUGUUGUAAAAUCAAAAGUAAAAUCAUUAGAAUACAAAUUCGUGUAUUCUAAUGCAUGUUAGAAAAUUGAAUAUAUAGGAAACACAAGGCUGCAUGAAGAAAAGUACAUUGUUACUGUGCAGUUAAAUUUUGGCUUCUGGCUUUCUUUAGUUUGAACAAACUUCUUGUCUAUACUGAUAGUCACAAAUGUCAUCUCUGCAACGGAAACAGUGGUGGUGGCAAAAUUUGUAGAAUGUAAAACAAAAAAAAAAAAACAAGAAAACCCCACACACACCCAUGUGCCUUUUCAAAGCCAACUACUAUAAAACAUCUCUGGUUCUUUCAAAGUUUGUGUUGUAAGGAGCGAUGUAGGUGAUGCUGUAGUACUUUGUUUUUGCUUAUAAUGGCAACUAGCAAUUCUUUUUCUUGGUAACUUAAGGUAGGGUGAGAAAUAGCAUUUAAUGGCAACUGAAGGGCCAUUUCCGAUUGGGAAAAUUCAUUUAUAUCUGUGGUAAACUUUUUUUUUUUUUUUUAAUGAAAAGUUGCACUAAUAUUUUACCACCAGAUGAAAAAAAGGAGCAUCAUUUAAAAAUUAAUGUAUUUAAA